UUACCUCACCUUCUUCCCACUUCUCACUAACCUUUGGUUUGCUCUUUCUUCCUAUUCUGUCUCUCUUUGAACAGUUCUCUAGUUUCUUGUUGUGGCAUCUUCAACCUUGUAUUCAAGGCAUAGAAUCCAAACCAACCCCAUCUUCUCAUAUUCUCUUAUUCUCUCAAAACUCCCAAUCAAAUAAUGGAAGAGACAGAGGAUUCCACCAAUGCUACCCAGAAACUCACCACAAAAACAAGAAGCUUCAUCAAUGGAGCCAACUCUCAUGAGCAUCACCACUAUCAUCAGCAUCAUCAUCUGCUACAGUACUCAGCUCAGGUUGGCUUCUGCAACAACAACAACCAGAACAAGUAUCAGAGGUACUACCCAGCACUUCUUCCUCUACCUUCUCUUAUACCUCUUCAACAACUACCUCUGAUUCCACCCUUCCCUCAAAACCAGAGCAUCAAUUCAAAAACCCAUUUGCAGAAACCUCCAUGCAAACUCAAUAGUUCUCCUUCUUCGGAUUACAAGCUCUCUGAACCAGCUCUUGCUCCUGAUUCAGCCCCAAAGGAACUUCAGCGGCAAACUAAGGAAUCCUUUAAAGGAGAUGAUGGGAGGAAACUCAUUCCAACAAGGAAGCAACAGGACUUAAUUGUUGCAAGGAGGCCAGACUCAGGUGGAAAAGAAGGUUCUGUGAUCUCUCUCCUUGCCAACCACUUUUUGGUGCAGUUUGAUCCAUCCCAAAAAAUUUAUCAUUACAAUGUUGAAAUUACUCCUCAUCCCUCCAAGGAUGUGGCAAGGGAAAUCAAACAGAAAUUGGUAAAUAACAAUUCUGCUAUGCUCUCGGGUGCUCUGCCGGCAUAUGAUGGGAGACAGAAUCUUUACAGUUCAAUUGAAUUCCAAAACGAUAAGCUUGAGUUCUACAUUAGCCUCCUAAUCCCAACAAGCAAACUGACUUCACCUUAUGGAGAAAUGUAUGACUUGAAGGAGAAGAAAGAACAGCAUAAACUGUUCCGGAUAAAUAUCAAACUAGUCUCAAAGAUUGAUGGGAAGGAGUUAACUAACUACUUGAGCAAAGAGGGUGAUGAAUGGAUUCCACUUCCACAGGAUUAUCUACAUGCUUUGGAUGUAGUUCUGAGGGAAAGCCCGACUGAGAAAUGCAUACCUGUAGGGAGAUCAUUCUACUCAAAUUCAAUGGGAAGAAGCAAAGACAUUGGGGGAGGAGCUGUGGGAUUGAGGGGAUUCUUUCAGAGUCUUCGACCGACCCAACAAGGACUUGCUCUCAAUCUCGAUUUCUCAGUAACUGCAUUCCAUGAGAGUAUAGGAGUGAUUUCAUACUUGCAGAAACGCCUCGAGUUUCUUCGAGACCUUUCUCAAAGGAAGACAACUCAAUUAACUUGUGAAGAAAGGAAGGAAGUGGAGAAGGCACUGAAGAACAUCAGGGUCUUUGUUUGCCACAGAGAAACAGUUCAGAGAUACCGUGUCUACGGCUUAACUGAGGAGGCUACUGAAAAUCUUUGGUUUGCUGACAGGGAUGGACAGAAUCUGAGGCUUGUGAAUUACUUCAAAGAUCACUAUAACUACGACAUACAAUUCCGAAAAUUGCCAUGCUUGCAGAUUAGUAGGAGUAAACCUUGUUAUCUUCCUAUGGAGCUUUGUGUGAUCUGCGAAGGCCAGAAAUUCCUCGGGAAACUGUCGGAUGAUCAGACAGCAAGAAUACUCAAGAUGGGCUGCCAAAGACCAGGAGAACGAAAAACCAUCAUCGAAGGAGUCAUGAGAGGAAAUGUUGGGUCUACCAGUGGUGAGCAGGAAAGAGAAUUCAAACUCCAAGUCUCAAGAGAAAUGACAAAGUUGACUGGGAGAAUUCUUCACCCUCCCAAACUAAAGCUUGGAGAUGGAGGUCAUGUGAGAAACCUUACUCCUUCACGCCAUGACCGUCAGUGGAACCUUCUAGAUGGCAAUGUCUUUGAAGGAACUACAAUUGAAAGGUGGGCACUUGUAAGCUUUGGGGGCACCCCUGAGCAGAAGUCUAAUAUCCCUAGAUUCAUAAACCAAUUAUGUCAAAGGUGUGAACAACUGGGCAUUUUUCUUAAUAAGAACACAGUUAUGAGUCCCCAGUUUGAAUCAAGCCAGGUUCUUAACAAUGUCACACUUUUGGAAUCUAAGCUCAAGAGAAUCCAGAGGACUGCCUCAAACAAUCUCCAGCUUCUUAUUUGUGUAAUGGAGAGAAAACACAAAGGGUAUGCAGACUUGAAACGGAUUGCUGAGACAAGUAUCGGUCUCAUAAGCCAAUGCUGCCUGUACCCAAAUCUGUGCAAGUUAAGUUCACAGUUCUUGGCAAAUUUGGCCCUCAAAAUCAAUGCCAAAGUUGGUGGAUGCACAGUUGCCCUCUACAACUCACUGCCUUCUCAAUUACCACGCCUCUUUCACAUCGAUGAGCCCGUGAUAUUCAUGGGAGCCGAUGUGACUCAUCCUCAUCCUCUUGAUGAUUCCAGUCCAUCUGUUGCUGCUGUUGUUGGUAGCAUGAAUUGGCCAACAGCAAACAAGUACAUUUCAAGAAUAAGGUCCCAAACACACAGACAAGAAAUUAUCCAGGAUCUUGGUCCAAUGGUGGGGGAAUUGCUUGAUGAUUUUUAUCAGGAGGUAGAGAAACUCCCCAACCGAAUAGUUUUCUUUAGAGACGGAGUUAGCGAAACACAAUUUCACAAAGUGAUGCAAGAGGAACUGCAAUCCAUAAGACACGCAUGUGAAAGGUUUCCUGAUUAUAAACCUCUCAUUACCUUUGCAGUUGUGCAGAAGAGGCAUCACACAAGGUUGUUUCCCUUUCCCGGUGAAACUGAUCCGUCUUCCCCUCAGAAUAACUUUUUAUACGAAAACAUUCCUCCCGGGACCGUGGUCGAUUCAGUGAUUACUCAUCCGAAGGAAUUUGAUUUCUAUCUCUGUAGUCAUUGGGGUGUGAAAGGAACAAGCAGACCAACUCAUUACCAUGUCUUGUGGGAUGAAAACCAGUUUACUUCUGAUGAGCUUCAGAAGCUGGUUUACAAUUUGUGCUACACUUUUGUUAGGUGUACAAAGCCAAUUUCUUUGGUGCCUCCUGCAUAUUAUGCACAUUUAGCUGCAUACAGAGGAAGACUUUACCUUGAGCGAUCAGAGUCCUUAGGUUUGUUCAGAAACACAUCUACAUUAUCAAGAGCUGCUCCUCCAAAGACAGCACCACUUCCUAAACUUAGUGAAAACAUCAAGAAGCUCAUGUUCUACUGCUAGUGAUAACUCUUCUGGACAUGCCAUUUGAUUUUUAGAUAGUGUUAAUUACAUGACCAGCCUUUAGUUUGUGCAGGAUAAAAUAUCAGUGGAGUAUAAGAAAUUGAAGAAUAUGUAAUCUUUUCUUUGUCAAGGCCAAUGAUUCAAGUUGUUCAGAAUGCAUUUCUAACUGUUCAUUUAUUUUCUUGUUUAAUUUUUACAUUCAUAAGAUAAUUAGUACUAAUUUACAUUUGAUGUUGAAAGUUGAAACUGAAUUACAUCUG